AUGUCUGAUGCCGCACGCAAGGAUUUCCACACCAAGGCUGGGGAGAAGCUCACUCCCGACUCCUCCAAGUCUACUCUAGACAAGACCAAGGAGACCAUCACCGGCACUGCCGACAAGACCGCCCGCGAGGCCCAGCCUGACUCCCAGAAGACCACCGCCCAGUCCCUCGGCGACAAGGUCGGUCGCACCAAGGACGACAAUGUCCACGGCUCUACGCACGAGUCGGUUGGCGACAAGGUCAAGGGCGCGCUUGGUAUUGGCAAGCACUAG